GUCAUAAUAUCUCUCACAUUUCAUCUUGUGGAAAUCUAAUAACUUAUUCUUUCUCAGUAUGAAGCAUCUUCACACAGAAACCCUAACUCUCAGGGACACAGUCAGGUUUCUCGGUUGUAACACUUCGUCACAAGAGCAUAUUUUUAUUCGACAUUUCGUCUCUCGCGAGAAACACUCUCAUUUCCAAAGAUUCACUCGGAGCAUCAGAAGCUUCUCAUGAGAGAGUUUUUAAGCCCAUUCAGAAGGUAUGAAGCAGCUGGGUGGCUGAGGAAAAUGGUUGGAGUUGUUGCAGCUAAGGAUUUGCCAGCAGAGCCCUCUGAGGAAGAGUUUAGGCUUGGUUUGAGAAGUGGGAUGAUUCUCUGUAAUGUCCUUAAUAAGGUUCAACCCGGUGCUGUACCGAAGGGCACCAUUAUCGGCAUAUCAGACUUUUGAAAACGUGAGGAACUUUCUGGUGGCUGUGCAAGAAAUUGAAAUUCCUACCUUUGAGUCAUCUGAUCUUGAACAAGGAGGAAAAACAGCCAGGAUUGUGAACAGCGUCUUAGCCCUUAAGUCCUAUAGUGAAUAGAAACAUACUGGGAGUAAUGGUGUGUGGAAAUUUGGUGGAACUGUCAAACCCACAAUCUCUGCAAAAUCUUUUUGUGAGAAAAAACUCUGAGCCAUUUACUAAUUCUUUGUCGAGGAACUCAUCCAUCAAUGAAAAAUCCACGAAUGCUCUCACAACUGAUAUGGAGUCUAAUAAAAUAGUUGUAAAAAUGAAAAAUAGGCAAGUCCUUUGUGACAGUAGGCGAAGAACACUUAUUGCCAUCGGAACCCAUGAUCUGGAUAAAUUGGAGGGUCCUUUCACCUAUGAGGCUUUGCCACCUUCAAGUAUAACUUUUAUGCCACUAAAGCAGGAAAGGAACUUCAGGGCUGAUGAGUUGAUGGAGUUCUACAAAUUAGUUGAAUCAGUCUUAAACAAGGUAGUGGAGGAGUUUGAGCAUCGCGUUGCUAGCCAGGGAGAACAGACUAAACUUUUAAGAGGUUCUGUGUCCCAAGGCAAUGGAUCUGUAUUAAAGUUUGUCGUGGCAGAUAAAAAGAUGGAUAACAAGAUUCCUACAGUAACAAAGAAAGAAGGAUUCCUCCAUAAAACCCUUGUUGACGAUGAGGAAUCAAAAAGACAACUUUUCAACAAAAAAGAUAUUCAAGAACUAAAGCAUACAAUUCAAACCACCAAAGCUGGUAUGAAGUUCCUGCAAAUCAAGUUUCAUGAGGAGUUCUCCAAUCUAGGCAAGCACGUUCAUGGCUUAGCUCAUGCUGCCUCUGGAUAUCAUAGAGUACUUGAAGAAAAUCGCAAGCUAUACAAUCAAGUCUAGGAUCUUAAGGGAAGUAUUAGUGUACUGUUGGGUAAGACCCUUUUUAUCAGCACAGCAAAUUUAUUCGAGCACAGUGGAUAAUAUAGACGAUGGAUCUAUCACAAUUAGUAUUCCUUCAAAGAAUGGGAAAGGGCGCAGAUCCUUCAGGAUCACUAUGUUGGCAUAUCAAGUUCUCUUCUCUAUCACAUGCAUUGUAUAAAAGGGUUGUGCAAAGAUGACAUCCAGAAUUGGUGGUUCUGUUGCGGGGGUAACUGGAAAUAUGCUCAUGGACUGCACAUUAUGGGCGAAACUUCUCAGUUAAAUGGUUGAAAAAGAAGAUACCAACCUUCAAUCAAAAUAGAGUUAAUCUACUUCAGUCUCUGCAGGAGCUUCUCUGAAACUAUUCCUAAGUUUUUCCAUACCAUAAAAUUAUCCAGUGCAGCAAGAAUCAUUUUUACUCCUUUGUCUGUUCACGCUAUUUCUCCAUGGCGAAAACCAUGCCCAAGUUCAAGGGGAAACAUGUGAUGGGUGCAAAUGGGCGCACCAACCCUUUGGUGUGGCUGAUGGCUAUUAUCUGCACCGUGAUAGCAGUGGCAGUGGUAGUUGUAGGCAUUGUAGUGUUCAUUGGGUACAUGGUCAUCCACUCCAGAGUGCCUGUGAUAAGUGUGAACAAUGCUCACCUUGACCUUCUUAGAAAUAACUAUGCUGGUUUGCUCCAAACCCAACUCACCAUUGUUGUGACUGCAAAGAAUGGGAAUGCCGGGGCUCAUGCAACCUUCUCUGACAUCACCUUCAACAUCAGCUACCAAGGGCAGGACAUAGUUGUUCUUGUUGCAGACCCUUUUGAGGUGCCAAAGAACAGUUCAAAGGACCUCAGCUUCGUUGUUCAGUCAUCAUCCAUACCCUUAAGUCCUGAUCGGAUGGAGCAAGUAGUAAUGCGUGGAAAAAGAAUGAGAUUGAGUUUUGCACAUAUUUUCUCCCCUUUCUGUAGUCUCUCUGUAUCUCUUUUUCAUAUUUGCUUCACUUAGUAAUAAAUGUAGAUUUUCAGGUAAUGAAAUUCUGAAUAUUUUGAGUC